UCCAUUAUUUUCAUUUUCAUUUCCAAUUUCUUCUCUCUUUCUCCUUUUUAUCUUUCUCUUAGGUAGCAUUUAUAUUUGUUACCAAUAAUGUUCUCCUGUUGUGAAAAGGAGUGUGCAGAACUUGUAGAUAAUUGUUCAGAGUUCGUGGAGGAUUAUGCAGGGCUCAGAUCUAACUCCAGCCUCCUGGAUCCAGAGAGCUUCUACUCGCAGUAUGUGGUCUUGAAGACCAUUGGCAGUGGAGCCUUUGCCAAAGUAAAACUGGCCCACCACCGCCUCACAGGCACCCCGGUGGCUGUCAAAGUACUUCAGAAAAGGAAGAUGUGGUGCUUUGCAGUCAUGAAUGAGGUAAAUAUUAUGAAGCUGAUGAACCACCCCAACAUCAUCUCCCUUCUCCAAGUGAUUGAGGCUGACAAGAGAACGUACCUCAUCAUGGAGCUGUUUGAGGGAAAAGAACUUUAUAAGUACGUCCAAAAGGCUGGCCACCUGCAGGAGGACCAUGCCCGGGGGAUCUUCAGGCAAAUCCUAAGUGCCGUGAGCUACUGCCAUAAGCAGGGAAUAAUUCAUCGGGACCUGAAACCAGACAACAUCAUGGUGGAUGGGAACGGAAAAGUCAAAAUCAUCGACUUUGGCCUUGGCACCCAACUCAAGCCUGGGCAAAAUGUUGGAUUUUUCAUUGGGCCUUAUGCCUUUUGUGCUCCGGAACUCUUACUUGAACUUUGUCAUGGGCCCAAGGCCGACAUAUGGGCCUUGGGCGUGGUCCUAUAUUUCAUGGUGGUCGGAAAACUCCCAUUUUGCGCUGUCAUCUCGCCAGAGCUCAAAAUGCAGAUUGUGAAAGGGAAUUAUACCGUCCCCUUGGGCCUGUCAAAAGAACUCCAGGACCUGCUCAGCCUCUUAAUGAGAGUCAACCCCAAGCGUAGGCCAACAGCAGAUGAAGUGAUGACACACUCCUGGCUUAGGAAAGACACGGAGGCUUCACCGAAUGACCGUGAAGAAAUGGUCCCCAGCUUGCCCGACCCUGCAAUUGUGGAAGCCAUGGAACGGAUUGGGUUCCAAGCCCAGGACAUCAAAGACUCAUUAUGUCACAGGAAAUUCGACCAGACCAUGGCAUCCUAUUGCUUACUGCAAAGGCAGGCUCUCCAGGGGCCGAGCUGCACAACCUCAGCUCAACCCGUGAACCCAGGGGUGGCGCCAUUCCCUUCCCUAGAGGACCUUAUUGCUUUCCCUCUACCACCCAGGAGGGGGAGCAGUGAGCCCACCCUUGGCACAUUGCUCAGAGGAUCACCCACUAGUGGUCAGGUGUCUGCCUAUGGCCAGCAGACAGGUCAAAAUGGAGACAGAAGGGCCACAGAGUACGCCAUUCCUCUCCACACGCCACUCCAGAGGACACUCACUUUGGACCAAGACCACCAACGCUCCAAGAGUGCCCCCUGCAUUUACUCAAGGAGUACCAGCAGUGAUAACAUGGAAGACAACUUCCGCCCCCACGGUGCCUCAGCAAAGGGCAAGUCCACCCGAAGCUGGGGCCAGCCUCGAGGCUUGAGGGCAUGGACAAGGGGGAUAGGAGACGCCAUGAUGAGACUGUGCUGCUGUUGUCCAUCAAGGAAAUCUCACCAGGGGCAGAACAGAGUCUCCCCUCAGAAAUGAGGCACAAGGAGGGUGUCUGGAGAACAAGCAGCAGGCCUGGCCCAGGCACCUUUCUGUAUUUGAAUGAAUGUUUUACUCAUGUCUGUGUCAAUGGACAGAUCACAACUAUGUGUAUUUAUAGGAUACAAUGUAUUGAGAAGCUAGAUCUAGAUACCAUGGGAUGGUUCAAUGGAACCUAUCAACAUAUCUAGCAUCCCAGAAGACAAAUCUCAUUGUAUCCUGCACUUGGGAAAUCUAAAAAUGUUGGACUAGAAGUCAAUGGCAGAAGGGUGUUGACCAUGUUAAGAGAAGGGAGUGGGGGAAGGAAAAGAGGAGGUGCGGAGGGAGGAGAAAAGUGGUAUGGGGUGGGAGCUAGGUGAUGAGGGACAGAGGUGAGUGGGAGCAGAGGGUUAGACAGGAGGAAGCAGCCUGGAGAGCAGGGCAGAGCAGGGCGACCACGGUUGGGAAGACGCCCUGUAUAGCUGCAGUCACAAGGUUCUCUCUCACGUGUGUUGUUGUAUUCUAAGAGUUCUCCGGAGGAUGCAGAAGGCCACCCACAGUUCUGCAGCUGUGGUGUUGGAGAGGACUCAUAUAUGGACCGAGACCUGCAGAUGGAACCAUGCAGAAAGCCCAUGAUGUCCUGUGUCUGUGCCCUGCUCAGGGGUCCAGCCAGGAGGAAGGGAGCAAAUGAUGGACUCCUGGGCCUCAGGAAUUCUGCAAGGACACUGCCCCUCAAAGGCAUCCAUAAUCAGUGGGCAGGAACAGAAAACGUGUCCAAAGUCUACCCAGGUCACAUCAGACCCCUCUUCUCCCAGCACUUCCCUGCCUCACUCU